CUCCAACAAAAAUCAGAGAAAAAGGGAAACCCUAAGCUCCGCUAUCUCUCUCUCUCUCAAGAUCAUCCCAAAAAUACCACACCAUCCAUAGAAAAAACUCCAAAGAAAUAUAUAGAAAACUUAAGAGGAUGAGGAAGCUGUGUCCGAAUCUGGACAGAGAAGAUGGGUUGGAGACGGUGUUGGAAGUUCCGGUACCGGAGGAGAUGUUCACGAAGAUGGGGAACAACGCCGCCGUACGGUGGCGUAACAUGCAUGCUCUCAUGAAAGCCGCCGCCGCUGCCACCUUCGCCACCGGCGGAGGAGACAGAUCCUCCGCCGCCGCACCACAGAAUCAUCAUCUUCAGUCCAAAUCCGACAACGAGUUCGUGGCUUUGCUCAAGAUUGUCGGAAGCCCCCUGAUCCCAUUUCAAGUCCCUCUUGAAUGUUGUCUCUCGAGACCCAUCAACGAUUCUUCCAUCGAGGCGUCGACAGCGAAGUACAUAGUGCAGCAGUACGUAGCAGCGUGCGGAGGUCCAGCGGCGUUGAAUGGAGUGAAGAGCAUGUACGCCGUCGGGCAGGUGAAGAUGCACGGCUCCGAGAUGCAAUUGGGAGAGGCCGAGGCCACGGCCACGGCCGGGCGGCCUGCCAAAGGAGGAAGUGCUUUCGAGGUUGGAGGGUUUGUGCUUUGGCAGAAGAACCCGAACCUCUGGUUCUUGGAGCUCGUGGUUUCGGGUUUCAAGAUCAGUGCGGGCAGUGACGGCAAGGUGGCUUGGAACCAGUCCUCCGCCCAGCCGUCACAUGCCCAUCGCGGCCCUCCCCGCCCGCUCCGUCGCUUUUUUCAGGGACUAGACCCGAGGUGUACGGCCAGUCUCUUCCUAGACGCGGUAUGCAUCGGGGAACAAUCCGUGAACGGAGAAGACUGCUUCGUCCUAAAGCUCGAGACGCCCUCCGACGUCCUGAAGGCUCAGUGCUCGCCCAACACCGAGGUCAUGCACCACAGCGUGUGGGGAUACUUCAGCCAGCGAACGGGCCUGCUCGUCAAGUUCGGCGACACCAAACUCGUGCAGGUCAAGUCCUUGCGCAGCAGCAACAACCACAAAAACAACAACAACGGGGUUUUCUGGGAGACGAGCGUGGAAUCCGUCAUCGAGGACUACAGAUUCAUCGACGCCGUUAACAUUGGCCACGGGGGUCGGACGGUGACGACGUUAAACCGUUACGGCGGCGCCGUAAACCACCGGAGAAGGAUAGAAGAGACGUGGAGGAUCGAAGAGGUUGACUUUAAUAUUUGUGGUUUGUCUUUGGAGAGUUUCUUGCCUCCUUCGGAUAUGAAGAAUCAUCAAGAUGGUGGAGAUCGUUAGUGUAAAUUAUUAUUAUUAUUUUUUUGGGUGUGGAUCUAGAUUUCUUUAUUUGUUGUUAUGUUAGAGUUUAGAGAGGAAGAAUUGGUAAAAACAAAAUGGAAGUAAAAGCUUCAUGUAAAGAUGGAAACCGAAGAGAUUGGGUGAAGAUCUGGACACUGUUGUUGGAUGGUUUGGUUAAUUUGGGUAAAUAUGAGUGUGAAUAUUUAAAUAUAUAUAUAGAGAUAAAAAUGCUAUAAUACUUCAACAAAAAUCUAAUAGAUAUGGAGAUUAAAACAUCAUUAAAUAUACAACAUUGCAAUAAAAAUGUUGUUAUAAGAAGGAGCGUGACAUGAGGAGAAAGAGGAGUGUCUGAAUAGCCAAGGAGACUGCCUGACCACAAAGCCCAAAAUAAUUUAGAAAAAUUAUGCAAAAAAAUAAAAUAUUUAAAUUAGCUGCAUAGGGAGCAGGCAAGUCAUCCUUGGCUAUCAAACCAAUUCCUCAUUUCUUCAUGUCUUCUCUUCUUCUUCUUCUUCUUCUUCUUCUUCUUUUUCUCUUACCAAAUAAUCUCUAACUAUAUAUUAGGGUUCUUGUCUGAGUAUAUGUUUGGGAUCUCUCUCUCUCUCUGCCUAUCAAUGCAAUGUGUAUUUAUAGGCGUUUUAAUUUCAGCGUGUGUGCAAUACGUAAAUAAUACGUUGUUUGACCAAAUGUAACGUAACGUGUGCACGCAUUGGCCAUGUUGGAAUUUAUUCUAGUACUCUUUUCAUGCCCAUAAAGAAGAAUACGAUUUCUUUUAUAAUGUGUGUGCGCAUUAGGUAAAUCUCCAACAAUAGUUAACGAAAGAUAUAAACCAACGUAGAUUAUCCAACUCGUAGAUGAAGAGAUUAAGAGUAUUCGAACCGGCCCUAACAUUGAGGUUAAAGGAUUUAAUACUCAACCAAUUCACCAGGAGCAGGAGCGUAUCCCUAAAGAAGAGAAUAUGGUUGAUUCUGGUGAGGUCGGAAGUCCAAACAUAUUCCAUCAUAUCCAUUUGGAUUGUAUAAACGGCAA